CGAGUCAAAAACCAUUCGCAAAGCAAUAUUCACCAUGGAACGUUGGCAUAAUAAAUUGGCAAUAGUUACGGGUGCCAGUGGAGGAAUAGGAGCUGCUUGUGCCCGCACUCUAGUGGCAGCUGGACUUCGUGUUGUUGGUUUGGCCAGAAGGGAAGCCAAAUUGAAGGAACUUCAAGAAUCGCUGCCUGAAAAGCAAAAAUCUUUAUUCAUCCCUAAAAAAUGUGAUGUUUCCAAAGAAGAUGAAAUAAUGUCAACAUUUGAAUGGACCGAACGGGAGUUGGGUGGCGCAGAUGUGCUCUUGAACAAUGCUGGCAUAACUCGAGAAACUGAAUUGGUGGCUCCUGGCAAUACCGAGAAGAUACGUCAAGUCAUAGACACAAAUGUCAUGGGAGUUUUGUGGUGUACUCGCGAAGCCUUUCAACGCAUGCAUAAGAGGGGUAAUGAGGCUCAUAUUUUGAUAAUUAACAGUAUAGCGGGACAACAGGUUUUAAAUUUUAUCGAUGUUUUGCCUUCGUUUAACAUCUAUCCGGCAACGAAAUUUGCCAUAACGGCAAUGACAGAAACCUAUCGUCAAGAAUUCCAGCUGUACAAAAGUAAAGUAAGGAUAACGGGCAUUUGUCCUGGCGCCGUUAACACAAAUAUUUUCCCCGAGGAAAUACAUUUUUAUGUCAAGGAUAUGCCACGUUUAGAGCCUGAAAACAUAGCACAUGCCGUUAUUUUUGCUUUAAGGUCACCACCUAACGUUCAGGUUCAUGAAAUCACCUUGAAGCCCAUGGGGGAGAUGUUUUAAUUCAUUCAGCAUAAAAGUUGAUUCUUAAUUAUGCAGAUCUAAAGUUCAUGGGAGCAAAGUUUUUAUUUAUUGAGAACAAAAAAUGUUUCGUAGUUUGCAGCCUUCAAUACCAUAAAUUAUUGAGAACAAAAAUUGAUUUUAAAUUUCUGUUGAGGACUUGUAUAAACCUUUGAAUCAACUACAGUGGCUUUAAUAAAUCCAAUUUUUGCCUUAAAA